UAUUAAGCUUAGUUAUUCUUUCUUAUUUAAAUAAUAUGUAUUAAAUAAAUACAUAUUGUAUGUAUUCAGAGUUCAGAGCUGUUUUAAAUCCAGCUAUUCGUUAUUAGUUGAUAUUAAAAGUUCAUCUUAUCAAUUAUCAUAAUAUUACACUUCAAUAUAAAAAUAUAUAAUAGACUUGCAAAUUUGUGGGCGGGGUGAACCAUUUUUUCACCUAAGAACUUUUGUAGCUCUUCAAUUUAACAUGGUUAAAUGAACAGUAUUUUGUUUUUCACUGAAGAUUGAGUCUAACACUAACAGUUUGUGAUCAAUCACCCAGAAACUUCUAGGGAUAGUUUUGAAGAUUUUCCAGACAGGAUUUUGAGAAAGGCCUUUUUGGAAACCUUGGACCAAAUUAUUAUAAUAUGAUAACUUUUUUAGAAAAAAUGUUUACUAGAAAAUAUAUUCGAAUGUUUAAUUAUAGCUGUUAGUUGUCAAUAUUUUGUUAGCUCUUUAUAUAGCCGGAAAGUUUUAUGUGUAUUUAGUUUUGUUGUUUUAUUGUAUUUGAGCUUUAAAUCCUAGUGAAAGCUAUUGGUUCGAUCAUGCUGCACCAAAUGAGUAGCAUCUUUAUCAAUUGUUUCAUGUUUUUGAUGUUAGCACGAUAAUAUUUAGUACUGGUAUAACUUUGGCCUCUCUUGUUAACAUUUUUAAAUUUUUACUUUUGGUAAUGGGUUUGUAAAUAUACAUAAUAUGCUGUGUAACAAAUUAGUUUUUCACUGUCUCCAGAAGUUUCGAUAAUUCCGCCCUAAUUCUUGCCAUUCAUCUUGCAUAACCCCUCUGCUCAUCUAUCUGUAAAAUCAAAAACAUUAUCAACAUCCAAUUUGUAAUCCCAUGAGAAAACAUGAUUGAUAGUGAUCAUGCACCAUUUCCAGAUAUACUAAAAUGAAUGUAGUCCUAAACAUUUUUAAAUUCAAAAUUCUAUAAAAGUUGUAUGCUGGUCAGGCAGGGAAUGGCUCAACUUCAUAGGGUGAAAGAUUGAUGAUUGGAGAAUGGCUGAAAGGGAUAUAAUCUUAUCACUAGACAUUGGUACAUCAAACAUAAAACUUGCUGCUGUUGAUAAAAGAGGGGAAAUCGUCCGCCUCCACAAGCGAGCAUUAAGACUCAAAUGUCCUCAACCUGGUUACCAGGAGAUCUGCCCCACUGAGCUGUGGGAUGAUAUUGAAAGUUUGUUUAAGUCGACAUGUGAAGGAAUAGAAUCUCGCAUUGCUGCAUUAGGUAUUUCAACUCACAGGUCUACAUUCAUCACAUGGGAGCGUGACACUGAUAACUAUCUGCACAAUUUCAUCACAUGGGCUGACCAAAGAGCACAGAAGAUGUGUGACAACUGGAAUAAUGCUUAUAUCGUCAGAAUCGGACAAUCUAUUCUUCAAGCUGUUGGAACAGUUGUGGGAUCAACUCAUAUGAUCUGCAUCGCUAAUUUCAAAGUGCAAUCAGCUAAUGCAAUGAUGAGAUUAAAGUGGGUUAUGGAAAACAUUGCAGCUGCUAAACCGCUUCAUGACAAAGGAAAUCUAUGUUUUGGGACCCUUGACACUUGGAUUAUAUAUAAACUUACUGGCAAAGCUACUUGGGCCACUGACUAUACAAAUGCUGCUGCUACCGGUCUUUACGAUAUGUGGGGUGAUAGGUGGUGCCCCGCCAUGAGUUGGGUGUUCAGCCUCCCUUUUGGUGCUCUCCCGGAAGUAAGGAAUAGUAAUGCUUCAUUUGGUCAGAUCAGCUCAGAAUUAAAUCUGGGAUUUUCUGCUCCCAUCCAUGGAAUUCUGGCUGACCAACAAGCGUCUGUGUUUGGUAAUCAUCUAUUUGAAGAAGGAGACGUGAAGCUGUCUCUGGGAACCAGUAUUGCUUGUGAUAGAUUGACAGGAUCGUAUGUUCAUCCAGUGGCUAUGUCUGUGUAUCCUCAAAUAGCGUGGAGACUGGCAGGAUCAGAAAUUGUCUAUAUGGCUGAGAGUAUGACUAUGGAAUUACGUGGCAAAUACUUGGAUUGGUUGGUGUCGGCAAAACUUGUUGACUCGAUUAAAGAAAUAAAUAACAUAGCCUUAUCUGUGAAAUCUAGUGAAACUCCUUUAUUCAUAAAAAAGGAUGGAGUUAAUGAGAAGCCCAUCGAGGAAUUCAUGGUGGAAAAGAGUAAUUGUACCAAUGCUCACUUCGUCCGGGCAGUCAUGGAAGCCCAUGUUUUCCGAGCUAAAAUACUUCUUGAUGAUGUGUUUGAUUUCUAUGGUCGGACUGAUAAGAUCAUUGUGGAUGGGGGUGCCAGCUCAUCCCAGUUUAUUUUGGAAAGCUUGUGCGCUGUAACCGGAAUUGACGUGUACAGAUCAAACUGUGUUGAAGGUGCUUUGAUGGGAGCGUUUUAUGUAACAGGCUUGGGUUUGGGCUGGUGGAAUACCUUGGAGGAUAUCAAGCUAUUCACAGAACUCACCCAGAUAUCUCCCUUAAAAGAAGAGGAUGGAUGUACGUUAUUGGAGAAGUUUAAAAAGUGGAAAACUCUGACUAAUUACUAGAUUUAAAUUUUUAUGUAUUAAUUUCUAAUAUAGAUAAAAUAGUGCCAAAGGAUACCUCUGACAUAAUUUCUCGAUCAAACUAUCUUCCUUGCAUAUUUACUUAGUAGUAACUUUCAUUUAAUAGUACUGAGAUAAUUUUUACAUUAUUAUGUCAUGAUAACAUUAUGCAUGAUAUUUUAAACCAUAUUAUAUGUAAUUGUAAUUAUAUAAAUGACUAAUGAUUCUGAUAUAGAUGAUUAAUUCAUUUGGUUGGCCAGUACGUAUCAUCUAGUACGUUUUCAUGAAAACGUACUACAUGAUUUAUGAUUUUUAAUGAUUUUAUCACUGUAUAUGUUCAUGUCGUUCAAUUAUUAAAUUUAGAUUUUUAGAUUUACUUGUAUUUUUUGUAGAUUUUAUUAGAUAUGUUAUGUAGCGAGAUUUUUGUGGUUAAUGAUUUUGUACUGUAUGAUUUUAUGAUAUAGGGUUCGUUUUUUACCAGAUAACGUGAUAUUAGAUUUUUACGGUUUUAGAUUUUGUACUGCAGAUAUAUAAUGAUAAAUGAUAAUGUCCUUGUUGUUACUCACAUUCUAACUUAGU